CCCAUCCACACCCACCUCGCUCGGCGUCCAGCACCCACCGACCCAUCACUGCUCAUUGUGCGCGCUGCGAGCAGUAGCACGGCCACGAACACGAACACGAACACGAACAUGCCCCAGCCGCCGCUCCCCGCCGCGCGCCUCUGCGUCUCGCUGCUGAUCGCCUCGGUUUGGACCGCCAUGCCGGGACCCUCGCGUUGUGACCGCGGCGCCGUGCUCCGGCGCGUCAUGGGCGACCGCCAGCCGGACCUCGACGCGGGCUCCCCGCGCCCGAGGAGAGCGCUGUCCCGGGAGAAGCAAAUGUCUCUGCACAGCAGCUCCUUCGUGCUGAAAGGGGACGCGACCCACAACCAGGCGAUGGUCCACUGGACCGGGGAGAACAGCAGCGUCAUUCUCAUUCUGACCAAGUACUACCAUGCCGACUCCACCAAGGUGUUGGAGAGCUCACUGUGGAGAUCCAGCGACUUCGGCACUACCUACACGAAGCUCAACUUGGUGCCAGGGACCACCAUUGUGGUGACCAGCUUCUACAUCUGCCCCACCAACAAGAAGAAGGUGGUCCUGGUGGGCUCCUCGGUGAACGAGCGUGAUCAGAUGCUGUUCUUCAGCACCGACGAGGGGUCCUCUUUCCAGCGGCAGACCAUCUUCUUCACGCCUGACUCGCUCGUCUUCCACCCCAAGGAAGAGGACAAGCUCCUGGCCUACUGCAAGGAUGGAAGGCUUUUCGCCUCUGCAGAUUUGGGCCGCAAGUGGACUUUGCUUCAGGAGCGGGUGACCAAAGAUCGUGUAUUCUGGUCUUUACCGGAGGUGGAUGUGGAUCCUGAUCUUGUGCACAUGGAGAUGCAGGACACAAGUGGAGGAUAUCUGUAUGUCACCUGCCUCAUCCAGAACUGCUCUGACAAGAUGGUGACGGCUCAGUUCUUGGGCAAAAUUGACCACAACUCUCUGUCGUUGCAGGACAACUACAUUUUUGUCAAGGUGACCACAGGGAAUCGCACCAAGCACUAUGUGUCGUAUCGACGCAACGAGUUUGUCCAGAUGAAGUUUUCCAAGUACGCCUUGCCAAAGGAUGUUCAGAUUGUAAGCACGGACGAGAACCAGGUUUUCCUGGCCUUGCAGGAGUGGCACCAGACGGACACCUACAACCUCUACCAGUCGGACUCACAGGGCGUCUAUUACUCCAUCGUCCUGGAGAAUGUCCGCAGUACCAAGCAGCCCGAGGAGAACGUCCUGAUUGACAUCCUGGAGGUCAGAGGAAUCAAAGGUGUCUUCCUGGCCAAUCAGAAGCUCGACGGCAAGGUGAGGACUCUCAUUACUUACAAUAAAGGACGAGAUUGGGAGCCAUUGACCCCGCCAGCCACGGACAUGAACGGCAAGACUAUCACCUGCAAAGCGCCCGACUGCCAGCUCCACCUGCACCUGCGGUGGGCAGACAACCCUUACGUGUCGGGGACAGUCCACACCAAAGAAUCUGCUCCAGGUCUCAUCAUGGGAGCGGGUAACCUUGGCUCCAAACUGGUGGAGUACAAAGAGGAGAUGUACAUCACGUCUGACUGUGGGAAGACAUGGAGACAGGUUUUCGAGGAGGAGCAUCACAUCUUGUACCUGGACCACGGCGGCGUGAUUGUGGCCAUCAAGGACACCUCCAUCCCGCUCAAGAUACUCAAGUUCAGCAUCAACGAGGGACAUACGUGGACGGUCCACAACUUCACCAGCACCUCGGUCUUUGUCGAUGGACUGCUGAGCGAGCCGGGAGACGAGACCCUGGUGAUGACUGUGUUCGGCCACAUCAGCUAUAGGUCCGACUGGGAGCUAGUCAAAGUGGACUUCCGCCAGUCCUUCCCUCGUCAGUGUGCCGAGUCGGACUACGAGUCCUGGGAGCUCACAGACCUUCAGGGACAAAAGUGCAUCAUGGGCCAGACGAGGACAUACCGGAGGAGGAAAGAGACAGCAUUUUGUGUCAAAGGGAAGAGCUACACAUCCACUCUCGGCACCGCAUCCUGCCAGUGCACCGACCAGGACUUCAGCUGCGACUACGGUUUCGAGAGAUCCCACGCCGAGAGCGAACGCUGCUUUGCUGAUUUUUGGCACAAUCCAAACCUGCCGCCGGAUGACUGCCACGUGGGAAGAACCUACGAGUCUAGCACGGGGUACCGCAAGGUAGUGUCAAAUGUGUGUGAAGGUGGUCUGAAGAAGGAGCAAAGUGACAAACAAAGCAACUGCCCUCUGCUGCCCCCUAGAGGGCUGCAAGUGGGCAUAAAAGGGCAGAUGCCAGCCGUUGCCCCCGGUGAUGACAUUACAUUCAUUGUCCACCAGGAGGAGGGGGACACGAGCAGCACCAAGUACCAGGUGGACCUCGGCGAUGGCUUCCGGGCCAUCUACAGGAACCUGACGGUGACGGAUGAACCCAUCCAGCACCGCUAUGGGAGUCCGGGCAUUUACAAAGUUUCCGUGCAGGCGGAGAACAUGGCAGGGCGUGACAAGGCCUCCAUAUACAUCCAGGUCACAGCACCUCUACAAGAAGUGCACCUGGAAGUGAUCCCCAUUGCUGGGAGAAACCACCAAGUCAACCUGACGGCCAUUGUCCUCCCCGCCGAAGCCAACCUGACUGUCUUCUACUGGUGGGUUGGGGACUGCCUGCAGCCGACGCUGACUUUGCAGAACAGCAUGCUGACGAGUUUCCCAGAAGCAGGCGAGAUUUCCGUCACCGUCCAAGCCUCCAAUGGGAGAUCCAUGGUACAGGACACCAGAACGGUCCGUGUCUAUGAUAACUUCCAUGUCAUUCCUCUGAGCUUCAGCAGACACCUGGACCGCAUCAACCCAAACAUUGCAGAGUGGCGAGAGGACGUGGGUCAGGUCAUCACCAAGAUACUGGCAAAGGUCACAGGUGUGCCCCUGGAGUCCUUGGUUACCGUGGUGAAGGCGGGCCUCCCCACAACAGCCGAGCUGUACGUCCUCCCAGAGGAGAGCGCCACAGCCAAGAGGAGCGUCUUCCAAGAUAAGCGUGUUCCCGCCAUCAUGCAGGCUUUCAAAGACAACAACGUGAGCUUUGUGGUCCGAGGAGGUCUGCAGGUGCUUGUGCUGCCAGCGGACCCAAACGCAGGGCUAAAUACUAUUGAGUCCACAGCAGCAGCAGAGACUGGCCACGGAGCUGCCGGUGGUCCUGGUGUGUGGGCGGUGGCCGUCAUCUUCCUGGUCAGCGUCAUUGCCACGGCUUCAUUUGUCCUCUACAAGUUCAAGAGUCCUUGGCUCAGGGCUGAGGAGGUCUAUCCCCCACUGUUUUUCAGAAAGCUGCCGGGCAGCCGCAGCGUCUACGCCCAGAUGCACAAUGAGAAGGAGCAGGAGAUGACCAGCCCUGUCAACCACAGCGAGGACACGCAGCACAUCAUCCAGGGCGAGGAGUUCAUCGACGACGACUUGGACUCGCAGACUCUAGGUAACGCCAGAGGUAGCUCCGCCUUCCGCUCCCUUAUACGGACUACCACUAACCACUGCUACUAAACACCUGCCACUAAAGGCAACCAUUCAGGUGUGGUCCUGAGCGUCAACUCCAGAGAACUACACAGCUACCUGAGCAGCUGAUUGCUGCCAUGGCAACGUCCGACCAGCACUUCCUUCUCCUUUUCCUCCGGGAUACUCUACUUUUCCGAACGUGGUGGAAGGACUGUAUCCACAGGCUCCUUCUUCAAGGGAUGGCAGCCAUGUUGCUUUUUAACCACGUCUCGUAACAACACCGGUGUGGAUGCUGAGCAAACUUUGUGAGUUCUUGGGUUGGGGUGUCCAAACUUUGUCGUCUGGGGGCCAGAAAAGGUACGCUUUGCAAAUAUUUACAGUAAAUUAUAUUUGACAUUAUGUUCACGAGGGUUACGUUCCAAGAAUGGGUUAGGGUUGGAUGGCGAAAAAUACCCAUAGAAGGCCCCAAAAUGCAUAUAUUUGAUACUGUAAGGUCUACAACUAUUGAACGCAUCCUAAAUUCAGUUUAACACAUUAAGGAACAACAACAGGCAUACAUCACACAGUAUUGUACUUACAAAAUGUGCAAUUACCGUAUUUUCCGGACCAUAGGGUGCACCGGAUUAUAAGGCGCACUGCUGAUGAGUGUGUCUAUUCAGAUCUAUUUUCAUACAUAAAGUGCACCGGAUUAUAAGGCGCAUUAAAGGGGUCAUAUUAGGAUUUUUUUCUAAAUUGAAAACACUUCCUUGUGGUCUACAUAACAUGUAAGGGUGGUUCUUUGGUCAAAAUGUUGCAUAGAUUAUGUUUUACAGAUCAUCUUCAAGUCGCUUUCUGACAGUCGCUUCAGGGUGCGCCGUUUUGUGGGCGGUCUUAUUUACGUGGCUCACUUUUGACAGCGUCUUCUCCCCGUCAUCUUUGUUGUAGCGGUGUAGCGUGCAAGGACGGGAGUGGAAGAAGUGUCAAAAGAUGGAGCUAACUGUUUUAAUGACAUUCAGACUUAACUUGAAUUAAUAACGGAGCAGCAUCUCCUCAUCCGUGGCACACUAGUGCAACAGCAACGCUGGAAAUGUGUCCCGUGAAAAAUCGCCCGACCAGAACUCUCUAGUUUAAUAACUAAAGUUUAGUUGGUGAAUUAUGUAAACCCACAAAACCGGUAGUUUUUAGCGCUUUCAUAGCGAGUCUACUGACAGAUAUGAGUUACAACUUUACGCUACUUUAUAUUAGAAAUGCCCCAUAACUAGAAGAUAGUGGAAUAAAAAAGCUUACAGACUACGGCGUUGGCACGGACUACAAUGGCGGACGUGCGCAAAUUUUCAGGACUUAUGCAGAUCCCAAAAACAGAUCGGCAGGUACCAGAAGGUAAGAAAAGUUGGUUUUGCAUAAUAUUGCAAAACAAAACGCCAGAUAAUGUGUCCGCUAAUGGGUGCCAUUUUGCGGUCCUCAUACACACACCGUAAUAAUACUCAUACUUCUGACAAAAGUAGCCGUAAUGCGCCGACAAAGUCGUACUAAAACAUUUUUAAAAAAUUUUGAGCACCGUGUGUAAUGUUCUGUAUUCUCUAUGGAAUAUUUAAAGCUUCGGUGUUGUUUACUGGCGUCAUAUUGCGCCUACUUGUAUCUCUUAUGCGUGACUACCAUCUACUGGUCACACUUAUCAUUACACCAUGUACCAAACAAAAUUGCUUCAAGGUCGGUAAGCUCAACCAGAAUUAUUCCAUACAUUAGGCGCACCGUUGAUUUUUGAGCAAAAUGAAAGGAUUUUAAGUGCGCCUUAUAGUCUGAAAAAUACGGUACGCAACAUGGCCACGUCUUGUCAAAGCAUCUUCCUGCUGGAGUGACUUGAAUUGUUUGACAGCGCCCUCCUCAGGAUUAAUAGCUGCAGUACUUUUUCCCCCUGCAGAUGAUGCUUUAAUGAUUAUCAUUAAAAAAACAUGAAUUAUAGAAGAGAACAGACAUAAUCGAGGGAGCAAACCCAACCACAAAAAGGGGACACUUUACAGUGCUUAAUAAUAUUCCCUAAUUAUUAAGAUGACUUAAUGAAGGGCCAUUAUAAAAAGAAACUGCAGGCUGCACUUUGGACACCCCUGUCCUUGGAGAACUCAAAGCAACCACUAGAGGGCAGCGUUUUACUAUUAGUAUUCCGGCCAAUGACAAAGUUGCACAUCCUAUGGCGUUCCUUUUUUUUAUGAUUUAGAAUUCUUAUGGGUUUGUAUUUAUUUGUGGUAACAGCACAGCUCCGCUUCCUCUUUGACAUGGACUUGUUGAUGAAGGCGUCCGUCCGGACAGGUUCAGUGAGUGGACAUAUUUAGCCUAUGUUAGGCCUAACCCGCAGUGGAGCAGGUUCCAUGUAAAUGUGUAAAUAGAACUGAAUCUCCACUUUGUUCAAACGAUUCUUUCACUUCAGUGUUUUACACGACGAGUUGUUGUUCAGCGUGACCACGAGCUUCUUAUUUUUCACAGUGUUCUCCUUCAACUUGAUAACGGCAUCCUAUUUUGAUACGAUUGCACAUUGAAAACAAUGAAUAUUUUUGAUACACUUGUCAUAUGUCCUUUGUAGGCACUAUUUGGCUGCACUUAUGGUGUUAAAAGUCUCAAAUGUAUUGGGACACAUGCAAGGAGUGACCAAACAUGAUCUUUGUCUCAUAUGGAAUAUCCAAGUUGUGUACACCAUGUACAAAACCCAAAACCAGUGAAGUUGGCACGUUGUGUAUAUCGUAAAUAAAAACACAAUACAAUGAUUUGCAAAUCCUUUUCAACCUAUAUUCAAUUGAAUAGACUGCAAAGACAAGAUAUUUAACGUUCAAACUGGAAAACUUUGUUAUUUUUUUGCAAAUAUUGGCUCAUUUGGAAUUUGAUGCCUGCAACAUGUUUCAUAAAAGCUGGCACAAGUGGCAAAAAAGACUGAGAAAGUUAAGGAAUUUUCAUCAAACAAUUAUUUGGAACAUCCUACAGGUGAACAGGUUAAUUGGGAACAGGUGGGUGCCAUGAUUGGGUAUAAAAGCAGCUCCCAUGAAAUGCUCAGUCAUUCACAAACAAGGAUGGGGAGGGUCACCACUUUGUGAACAAAUGCGUGAGCAAAUUGUCGAACAGUUUAAGAACAACAUUUCUCAACAAGCUAUUGCAAGGAAUUUAGGGAUUUCACCAUCUAUGGUCCGUAAUAUCAUCAAAAGGUUCAGAGAAUCUGGAGAAAUCACUGCACGUAAGCGAUGAUAUUACAGACCUCGGAUCCCUGCAUCAAAAAGCGACAUUGGUUUGUAAAGGAUAUCACCACAUGGGCUCAGAAACGCUUCAGAAAACCACUAUCAGUAACUACAGUUUGUCACUACAUCUGUAAGUGCAAAUUAAAACUACUAUGCAAAGCGAAAGCCAUUUAUCAACAACACCCAGAAACGCCGCCGGCUUCGCUGGGCCCGAGCUCAUCUAAGAUGGACUGAUGCAAAGUGGAAAAGUGUUCUGUGGUCUGACGAGUCCACAUUUCAAAUUGUUUUUGGAAACUGUAGACGUCGUGUCCUCCGGACCAAAAAGGAAAAGAACCAUCUGGACUGUUACAGGCGCAAAGUUCAAAGGCCAGCAUCUGUGAUGGUAUGGGGGUGUAUUAGUGCCCAAGACAUGGGUAACUUACACAUCUGUGAAGGCACCAUUAAUGCUGAAAGGUACAUACAGGUUUUUGAGCAACAUGUGCUGUCUAUUCAAUUGAAUAUAAGUUGAAAAAGAUUUGCCAAUCAUUGUAUUCUGUUUUUUACUUGCGAUUUACACAACGUGCCAACUUCAGUGGUUUUGGGUUUUGUAUGUAGUUCCUGACAGUGUAGUACUGUUCCAAAUCUAAUACUGUCCUGUCAGCACAAGAGCAGGCAAUCAUGCAAAUUUUAGAAUUGAUCCAAUCCAUUACCAAGUAAAUACAGGAUCGGUAUAUGCGAUACUGAUAUUGAUAUUUGUCAAGGUCCUUAACUGAUUUUGCCUUUAAUUUGUGUAUAAUACAUAUAAUCAGACUAAACAAAUAUAUUAGCAAAGCAAUUGAUCCAUGAAGAGGCGUGUCCCAAGACUUUUGAGAGGUUUCACUUCUACAUUAGUCAUGUCUUGUACAUAUUUUUCUGCUUGCCCUUUGUUUUCACAUGGUGUUAUUUCCCCAUGUGACAGGAAAAGAAGGAACCUUCAGUAGACUCAAAUAUGCACAAAAGCACAGAUACCACACUUGUUUUCUGAGUUUCUUUCGUACUGUUUAAUGUUGUUUUGCUAUUAAAAUGUUAUCAUUAGGAAUAAAUUACUCCCA